GUUUACAUUUUACCCACCAAGAUGAGUUCAGUUCAGGCCUAGUUAGGUGGUUGAAACUGUUGAAUUUUUUGGCUGAAAAUAUAAAAUAGAAUUGAAAACAGUUUCUUCCGGUGAUAACAUUAUUGGCAAUAAACCCGUCUUUUAUUAUUAUUUACUUUUUAGUUUUGACGUAUCAAACUGAUUCCCAUUUUUUUAAUUAGUUUCUUGUUCCACUUGUUCAUGUCAUCCUUCUAUUGUGUUUUUUAAUUCUCUGGUUUCUGCAAAUCCCAUGAUUUAAUCCUUAACUAACAUAACUCUGAGAAAGUUUAUCAUCAAAUCUCCCAAUUUUAGAUUCUGGGUCUUUUUUGUUUGUCUUCAAAAACCUGUUUUUCCCUGUUUUAUGGUUUGCUUUGUGUUUAGAUGAUCCAUGGAGGUUUGAUACAAGGGUUUUCUUUGGAUUUGGAGGUAAAAUAAAAAUGAGGGCAUUUCCUGGAAGUCCAGGGACUUUGACUAGCCUUUUUUUGAGGAUUGUACAGUGCGUUUUUGCAGCUGGAUCAAUUGCUUCCAUGGCUACCACUACUAGCUUCUUCAAUUUUACAGCUUUCUGUUACCUUAUUGCUUCAAUGGGAUUGCAAGUUGUUUGGAGCUUUGCUCUCGCAUUAUUAGAUGGAAUUGCCUUGGUGAAAAAGAAGGUCCUCCAUAAUCCCAUUUUAGUCAGCCUUUUUGUAGUUGGAGACUGGGUGACGGCUACAUUGUCUCUGGCUGCAGCUUCUUCCUCGGCAGGCAUUGCUGUAUUGUACUUUAAUGACUUGGGAAAUUGCAAAUUUGGAGAAGAAUGCCAAAAAUAUCAGUUGUCAGUUGCUUUCGCCUUCCUUGGUUGGAUAGCAAUUUCAAUAUCAUCUUUAAUUAUGCUUUGGCUAUUGGCUGCCGCUUAAACAUUUGUUGUACAGGCUCUUGGUUUUCUUCCACAUUCCAAGAAACCGUUGAUCGCAGAAAUUUUGAUCUUCUUAUAAUGUCCAUAGAAAAGAAAAAAACGUGAAUAUAGUGUUAUGAUGCUCAGCAUUGUUUUAUUCCCUCAUGGGUUUUAUUUUUUUGGUUGCUUCUAGUGGUGGCAAAUAAAACAUCAGUUAUGUGGAUUUGAAAAGUAAAUAGAUAUGGGAAAUUCCUCUUU